AACUAUACACCAGCCGACGCCGCCGAGAUCUCUAGAAAGUUGAAACCCCGUUUCGCCGCUGCCUCUGUAUGGUUUCAUAGCCGUGUCGAGAAAAAAUGCGACUUCUUACCACCCGACUCCGCCAAGCUCUCUACUCCUCCGCCGCCGCCGCCGCCGCUUCUUACCUUCCAACUUCAUUCGCUCCUCGUGGUGGUAUCUCCAGAGCUCUAACCACUUGUAUUCAUUCCUCGCCAUCUGUUCACUCCCUUAAUAAUUCCGAAUCUCUUCUUAAACCCUACCGCUUCCUCGCAUUUCCGUGGUCCGCCACACAACUCCGCGGCGUUAAAUUGCGCGGUGCUGAUGUGAAGCCGGGGAAUGUGAUCGAGAGAAAAGGAAAGAUUUAUCAGGUGGUGAAGACACAACAUACUACGCAAGGAAGAGGAGGAGCUAUUAUACAGGUAGAGCUCCGGGAUGUUGAUAGUGGAAACAAAGUGAAUGAAAGAUUUCGUACAGAUGAGGCAGUUGAGAGGGUAUUUGCUGAAGAAAAACCUUUUACAUACCUUUAUACUGAUGAUGAAACUGGAAAUAUUGUUCUAAUGGAGCCUAAUACAUAUGCACAGCUGGAUGUACCAAAGCACAUGUUCGGUGAUUCUUAUGUUUUCCUUCAAGAUGAUAUGAGAGUCUGUGUGCAGUUGUAUGAUGAAAAGCCGAUGUCAGCAUCAAUUCCUACACGAGUAACAUGUACUGUUGCCGAAACUCCAAUUCAAGUGAAGGGUGCUUCAGUUACUCCACAAUACAAGAAGGCUGUUUUGGACAACGGUGUCACUGUCCAGGUACCUGGGCACAUCUUACCCGGGGACAAGAUAAUUAUCAAUACUACUGACAACUCUUACAUGAGCAAGGCUUAGAGAUCAGAGUGGUUUAACAUGAUUCAUUAUCAAUCAACUGCACUCUCAUUGUUGGCAAACAUUCUUUGUUGACAUUGCAGCUCGAUAGAUGUAACAAGCAUUCUAAUAAUUCAACUGCAUUUUUAAUAAUGUUAUCUUUAGUUUUACAUGGUGAAUUUUUGUUGGAUGUUAAAUAGUAAGAUUAGAACAGUGGCUUGGAGAGUGUUUUAAUUUUGUUUUUUUUUAAUGGCAGAUUUUUAGACAUUGAGUUCUCUAGUGUU